UUCACACUUCAGAUUUACACACUAUUUACCAUCAUGGCCAAAGUGCAGGUGCUGAAUGUGGCUGUUCUGGACAAUCCGAGUCCUUUUGGAAACCCCUUCCAGUUCGAGAUCACAUUUGAGUGCAUGGAAGAUCUACCUGAAGAUCUAGAGUGGAAGAUCAUCUAUGUGGGAUCUGCAGAGAGUGAGGAGUACGACCAGGUUCUAGACUCGGUUCUGGUCGGCCCGGUUCCUGCAGGCAGACACAUGUUUGUAUUUCAGGCGGAUGCUCCAAAUACAGGACUGAUCCCUGAGAGUGAUGCAGUGGGCGUAACCGUAGUGCUGAUCACAUGCACCUAUCGCGGACAAGAAUUCAUUCGCAUUGGCUACUAUGUGAACAAUGAGUAUACAGACCCUGAGCUGCGGGAAAAUCCACCAGUCAAGCCAAACUACACACAGUUGCAGAGGAACAUCUUGGCAUCAAACCCUCGAGUGACUCGUUUCCACAUUAACUGGGAAGCAACGGUGGACAAGAUGGAAGAUUCUGAGAAUGUUGAUCCCGCCCCCAACACCAUGCUCCCGCCAACCUCCAUGCCUGGCAAAGCCCCGCCCCUCGGACUCAUGCCUGACAACUCCAUGGACUGCUUAUAGAGUGCACACAUACAUACUUCCAUACACACAUUUGGUUAUAAAUAAACAUUAUUUAGUAUUUAUUCAUCUAAACGUGCAUACAGUUGGACUUCAAAAUCAUAUUUGCCAAUACAGCUGUGUGUAAGGGUGUAAUUCAACACAUACACGCACGUUCAUAUACAUUCACCGCAAUCUGGCACUUAUUGGUCUGAGACCAUACCUGAACAGGUCAAGUUGUAGGACUUUACAGGCGUCUUGUCGCACUUUCCAUCCUGGACACCAGGGAACCGCAUCUGCAGCACCAGCAAACAUGGACAUGUCCUUUUCCUAAUGGAGGAUCCAUGACUAGUGGGGUUGGAUCUCACGAAACCUUGUCAAGAAAACGUCACAUUUAACCCCAAAAUAAAACUAAAAAAGAAAUUCGGUUUAGUCUAUUUUUAGGACAUUGUGACUUUAUUUUCAUUACAAUAAAGCACAUUUUCCUCUUCAGUUGUUAUUAGCGUAAUGCAAAAAUCUCAUUAUCAUUACUGAGAAGACGUUAGAUGUUAAAUCGUAAAGUAUUUAUGCAUCAUGGCAGGAUUGCUUGUUGUGCCUUUAGCUCAUGCUGAUUUAAAUAAUUACAUUAUUGUUAUUUUUACUAAUAAUAAUCUAGUAAUCCUGAAAUGUUAUCAAGAAUAAUGGGAAUUACCAUUAUUCCGUAUAGAAAUGAUAAAAGGUUACCUUAUAGCAAUGAGUAUUUGAGGGGGAAAUGUGGUUAAUUGUCAUGACACCAAUGUAAUAUAUUAGGGGUGAAAUCUUUCCUAGACUUGUUUUUGUGAGAUUCACUCAAUGAUGCAUUACAGUCAGACACCAUCAAGCACCUUUUCUGGGUGUAUACUGUAUAACUCGGAUAUGUUGGGAAUCGUCAAAAUUCCAACUGUGUUUCUGUCCAAGUAGGAAACACCAGGGCUUAUUGUGAUGUGACCUUAUUUAGAGAAGUUUUCUUUUUUUUCCGAUUAAAGGGUCAUUUUUGUUUUAACCUGUGUGUCUGGUUGGUGUCUAAGUUGCCUUUUUUCUUUUGAUGUGAUGUUUAAGUCGUCUUGGAUUUAAUAAAUAAUAACUUUUGU